AUGAUCGAGAAGAAAAAUUUUAUCGUAAGCAUCGGAAGUCAAGAAGUCGCUGAGCUUCUCCUCUGUGACGAACUUCUCAAGCAACUCGGCAGCUUCUGGGAUACGGUUGACUACAGAUCCGGCACGAAUCAAACGACGUUCGGAUUCAGCAGCGAUGGUUUGCUUGACAAGUCCUGCGUCAAUUGUGCGUCCGUCCUCAAGUUUAGCGUCGUGAUGGAGCCAUUGCCAGAGUUGAGCACGGGAGAUUUCAGCAGUGGCUGCGUCCUCCAUCAAGUUGUAGAGUGGGACACAUCCAGUUCCACGAAGCCAGGAAUCGAGAUAUCCUGA